AUGGCCCUCAAUCGCAUCUCGUCACGAGGCCUUGGCCACAUCGCCCUCGACGAUGCCAACGCCAACCCAACCACAUCUAGCAACGUCGGCAACGAUGGCCGCGUCAACGUUCAGUUUCACGCGAGCCCCAAGAUGCUUGCCGGAUGGGUCUCGCGGUUUCAAGGCAACUUUUGCGAUCGUCCACCACCCAGACACCCGCCAAAAGUCCGGAAGGGGAGCUACAUACCCUUUGACGACGACGACGAAUCCCACUGCCCGCGCCUGCCUCUGUGUAUUGCCAUCCACAUUGUCGGGUCUCGAGGCGAUGUUCAACCUUUCAUCCCCAUUGCCCAGCUCCUCAAAUCAACCUAUGGCCAUCGCGUACGCAUCUGCACGCACCCCGUCUUCAAAGACUUUGUCGAGUCCAAUGGCGUGGAAUUCUUCAGCAUUGGCGGUGAUCCCGAAGCUCUCAUGGCCUACAUGGUGAAGAACCCGGGUCUGCUGCCCAGCCGCGAGAGCAUGCGAGCCGGCGACAUCAGCAAGAGGCGCGCCGAAAUGUCCGAGAUCAUCAACGGCGGCUGGCGCAGCUGCAUCGAGGCUGGCAACGGCAUGAGCAAACAGCCCCUCAGGGCGGCGAACGUGCCCGACCCAAAAGAUCUCUUCAUCGCCGACGCCAUCAUUGCCAACCCGCCCUCCAUGGCGCACAUUCAUUGCGCCGAGAAGCUCGGCAUCCCGCUGCACAUGGUCUUCACCAUGCCGUGGUCGCCGACCGAGGCCUUCCACCACCCGCUGGCCGCCAUGAACUAUGGUGAAUCCGACGCCAAGUCCGCCAACUACCUCUCCUUCAUGGUCAUGGAGCUUCUGACGUGGCAGGGCCUCGGGGACAUCAUCAACAAGUUCCGCAUGCAGACGCUGCACCUGGACCCCAUCAGCCCGAUGUGGGGUUGCAACCUGUUGCCACGCCACCGCGUUCCGUUCACCUACCUCUGGACCGAGAGUCUGAUUCCCAAGCCCGACGACUGGGACUCGCACAUCAAGAUUACGGGCUUCUCCUUCCUGCCCAUGGCCAGCAAGUACACACCCCCCGACGACCUGGUGGCCUUCCUCCAAGAUGGGCCAGCCCCUAUCUACAUCGGCUUCGGCUCCAUCGUCGUCGACGACCCCCAAGCCCUGACGCGUCUCAUCUUCGAGGCCGUCAGGCAAGCGGGUGUUCGCGCCAUCGUGUCCAAGGGCUGGGGUGGUGUCGGCGCCGGGGAUGUGCCGCCCAACGUCUAUCUCAUCGGCAACUGCCCUCACGACUGGCUCUUCCAACGCGUCUCAGCUGUGGUCCAUCACGGCGGCGCCGGCACCACGGCGGCUGGCAUCGCGGCCGGCCGACCGACGGUUGUUGUCCCGUUCUUCGGCGACCAGCCGUUCUGGGGCAAGAUGAUUGCGCGCGCCGGAGCCGGCCCGACCCCUGUGCCGUUCAAGGCCAUGACGGCAGAGACCCUCGCUGCGAGCAUCACGUUCGCCCUCCAGCCCGAGUGCAGGUCGCCGCCGAAAGUCUCCCAGGCGCAAAUGGAGGCAUUUGCGCAUAGGAUGGCCACGAAGACGUUGCGGAAAGACGACAAUGUCAUGACUACCGAUCCGCGGGCUCUAACGUCCCACGAGAAGCGGAAAGCGAGCUGGGCCGCCCGAGAGGAGGGCAAGUACGGCCGCGCCUUCUACGUCACGCGCGCCACCGGUCGAUACGUGGCCAACCUCACCAAGAUCGGACUCAAGGCGCCCGUCGCGAUGAUGUACAAUAUCGCCAACGGCUGCCACAACUAUCCCUCGUACGGCAAUUUCGGCGUCCCCGUGAGGCCACGAGACCCGAUCACCGGAUUCGGCACCGGUCUCAAGGCGGCUGGCAAGGGGUUUUACCUGAGCGUGUGGGACGCCUUCAGUGGCGUUGUCGUGUUGCCGUACCGUGGCGCGAAGGACGGAGGCGCCAUUGGCACGCUGAAAGGCAUCUACCAAGGCGGACGCGGCUUCACUUAUAAUCUUGCAUCAGGAUAUUCAAUGAAGGGCAUAGAGAAAGAAUACUCAAGGCACCAUCUGACCAAGCUGAAGGCCGAAAUCUUCCUCAUCCGAAUUAGGCAGGGGAUCGAGGAAUUUAGAGAAUCCACUCAAGAAGAGAGGGACGGGGCAGUGGCGCAGUGGAAGCGGUUGCGGGCGUUGUAA